AUCAUACGAUAUUUAUUAGAUGUUAAUUAUUUUAACUUGACCUUGCCUAAGCUUACCUAUAUAAUAAUUUUCACUUACUAUAAUUAUUAUAAAUUAAUUGUUUUAUUUAGUGGUAACUACUUAUUACUAAAAAUAUGAAAACUAAUAUAGUUAUACUCCUAUCGAUCGUGACCCUGGUCAAUGGGUGUCCAGAGUAUUGCAACGACAUUAACAAAGACGACAUUGCACCUUGCACCUGUCAGGAUGGCCGGGUAAGGUGUGUGGCCAUUGACGACGUUGACUUGGAUAGUGUGUUUGCCUAUAUAGCCGAUGGCAUAGCGUAUGGCACCCGGGAGUACGAGUCGUUUGAAUUGGAGAGCACUUAUAUAUCAACAUUAGGCCCAGCAGCAUUUCACGGCCUUUUGUUCAAGAAGUUUAUAUUUACGACUUGCUCCAAUUUGACCUGUAUCAGUCCCGCAGCUUUUGAGGGCCAAAAGUCGACCACCAUAUUUACGGCUGAAAAUACGCCAUUUUCGUCCCCGGUGACCGCCACGUGCGAUUUGUUCAGCGCAUUGAGUACAUUGACAAAUGUGAACCAGAUCAAUAUAGUCAACCAUCGAAUACCGCAAAUACCGGACAAUGCGUUCAACGAUAAGAUGGGAGUAUUGGAGAACCUACGGACCAUUGAUUUGCACAGCACGGGCUCAUUGGGCACCAUAAUCAGUGUGGGCAACAAUUCUUUCUCGACACUUAAAAAUUUGAACAUGGUGAACUUAUCCAACCAGAAAAUUGUCGCCAUCAAUGACUCGGCCUUCCAGUUCCCGCGAGCCAAUUGGGAUCACAUAACAAUUAACCUUGAGCAUAAUAACCUAAACGGUAGUAGGUUGGGGUCGCACUUAUUUCCCACGAACAAAGUGACCACGCUCAUGUUGGCCGGCAAUAUGAACCUGACGUACUUACCCGACGGCGCUUUCUACGACUUUUUCGAGGAGAGGGGUCACGACAAGAAUACGUGCGAUAUGUUGGGCAUCCAGAUGGAGAUUGACCGGCUCAAUAUGUGGCUCGUGGACAAUAAAGUGACCAUGAAGCUAGAUCAAAAAUUAUUGCAUGCUAUGGGAAAGGAUGGGACGGAACUCCUAAAGCAUACGCACAAACAGAUGGAUGUGGCGCCGCCCGCAGCCAACGCGCAUUAUUUUGGUCAUCUACCAGUUGACAUAUUACCAUGCACAUGUCACAACAACCACAUUAAAUGUGUAGCAACAACUAAAGAACUGGACCUUGAUGACUUUUUCGAUGCAUUAGCCCACGUAACUAAUGACACCUUAUAUUAUAAAUCAUUUGAAUUAGUAGACACUGCCAUAACCUACCUGCCCCCAGCGGCAUUUCACGGUGUACAAUUUGGUGAACUAAAAUUUACCGGCUGUUCAAAUCUUCAAUGCGUUGAUCCCCGUGCUUUCGAGGGGCUGGCAUAUAAUACAACCAGUUUUAUGGUUGAGGUCAGCGAUUUUAGAGGUGUCGACCCUCCCAACUCUACCUGUAAUCUGUUCGCAGCGUUGAGUACAUUAACAAAUGUGGAGACUAUUAAUAUAGUCGGCAGUGAACUGACAGUUAUUCCCGAUAAUGCCUUUAAUCACAAUACCGGUGCUCUCACUAGGCUUAAGAAUAUUGACUUUGGGGGUCGACAGACAAAGGGAAAGAUAUAUAAAGUUGGCAAAAGAGCCUUUUCUACACUAAAAAAUUUGAACAUGGUGGACUUAUCUAACCAGAAGAUUGUGGCCAUCGGCGACUCGGCCUUCCAGUUCCCGCGAGCUAAUUGGGAUCACAUAACAGUUAACCUUGAGCAUAAUAGCCUAAACGGUAGUAGUUUCGGGUCGCACGUAUUCCCCACGAAUAAAGUGACCACGCUCAUGUUGGCCGGCAAUGUGAACCUAACCCCUUUCUACGACUUUUUCGAGGAGAGGGGUCACGACAGGAAUACGUGCUAUAUGUUGGGCAUUCCGAUGGAGAUUGACCGGUACAAUAUGUGGCUCGUGGACAAUAUAAUGAUCAUGAAGCUAGAUCAAAAAUUAUUGAAUGCUAUGGGAGAGGACGGGAUUCUACUCCUAAGGCAUACGCACAAACAGAUGGAUGUGGCGCCGCCCGCGGCAAACGCUUUG